AUGACCGAGAAUAUCAGCCAUCACGCCCCCAAUUGCCACCGGAGCCAAACCUACGAGCGUGCCGAGGCUAUGGGGCCUGACUUGGUACAGCUUACCCAGCGUAUUACCGCCAACUCCAACAUUGUUGGAGGCAAUGCGAACGCCCUAGCUCCACUCAGCGGCAGCGAACUGGACCCCCAUUCUCCUAUAUUUGACGCAGUCGCCUGGGUGAAAGCAUUUAUGGCACUGAUUCAAUCUGAUCCCGAAGCACCGCCGACCCGGAAAAGUGGAGUGUCCUUCCGUGAUCUGAGUGCCUUCGGAUACUCGCUGGGCUCUGAUUACCAGAAGGAUGUUGGCAACGUCUGGCUUUCUCUGCUCUCUUCCAUUCGUAACUUGGUCGGGAUGAACAGCAGCCGCCGCCGAAGAAUAGACAUCCUCCGAGAUUUGGAAGGCCUUGUUGAAGAUGGCGAGAUGUGCAUCGUGCUUGGUCCCCCCGGGUCUGGGUGCUCGACCUUUCUCAGGACGAUAUCUGGCGAGGCGGACGGCGUUAGCAUCAGCCCCGACUCUUACUUGAACUUCCGAGGCAUCGAUACUCGUUACAUGCACAACUGGUUCUGUCGCGACGUGCUUUAUAAUGCCGAAGUCGAUACUCAUUUACCACAUCUCACCGUUGGCGACACUUUAACAUUCGCGGCUCGCGCAGCGGCUACGAACUAUACACCAAGAGGUUUGUCAAAAGAAGAGGCUAGCGAUAUGGUCCGAGACGUUGUGAUGGCCACGUUUGGCAUCUCCCACACCGCGAAGACACGAGUGGGCGAUGACUAUGUUCGUGGAGUCAGCGGCGGGGAACGGAAGCGCGUUAGUAUCGCCGAGGCAACGCUCACAGGUGCAAAGGUUCAAUGCUGGGACAAUGCUACCCGUGGUCUCGACAGCGGAAACGCAAUUAAUUUCUGUGACGCGCUGCGAGUUCAAGCGGAUCUGAUGGAUAUUACAUCCAUCGUCGCCAUGUACCAGGCUCCCGAGUCAGCGUAUCAACUGUUCGAUAAGGUCUUGGUCCUCUACGAAGGACGACAGAUCUAUUUCGGACAUACUCAGGAGGCCAGGCAGUACUUUGAGGAUUUGGGCUUUGAAUGUAAGGGCCCUGAUAAACAGACUACGCCAGACUUUCUGACGUCGAUGACAAGCCCCGAAGAGCGCCGAGUCAAACCAGGAUUCCAGCCCUUGCCCCCACGGACUCCAGAUGAAUUCGCGCAGCGGUGGAAGCAAAGCCUCCAACGCGAUCUCCUGCUACAAGAGCUUGAAACGUACGAAAAGUCCCACCCUCCGGUCCAGCGCCUCGAUGAGUUUUCCCAAUCGCGGCUGGGAGAGAGGAGCAAGAUGCAACGCCUCAAGUCUCCUUACUCGCUUUCAUACUUGGAGCAGAUCCGGAUCGUCCUCUGGCGCAGCGUCCAGAGACUGAAGGGCGACCCGGCGUUUACCAUUGCGCAGCUGCUCUUCAACCUGACCAUGGCUUUGAUCCUUGGAAGCAUGUUUUACAACCUCAAGCCGGAUACGUCAAGCUUCUACUACCGCGGCGGUCUCAUGUUUUUCAGCUUGCUUUUUAAUGCUUUCUCAAGCCAGCUCGAGGUCCUAACUCUCUAUGCACAGAGGCCAGUUGUCGAAAAACACAAGCGAUAUGCCCUUUACCACCAAUCCGUCGAGGCCAUUUCCAGCUAUAUCAUUGACCUUCCCUACAAGACAUUAAACAUGUUCCUCUUCAACGUCAUCAUUUACUUCAUGGCUGGUCUUAGGAAAGAUGCCGGGGCUUUCUUCUUCUUCUGCCUCACAACAUACGUCAUCACCCUCGUCAUGUCCGCUCUCUACCGGACUCUCGCUUCCGUCACCCGCACUUCGGCUCAGGCCAUGGUCCCAAGCUCUCUUCUAACAAUGGGAGUUAUGAUCUACACUGGAUUCACGAUCCCAACGAAGUACAUGCCUGGCUGGUCAAGAUGGAUGAACUACAUUAACCCGCUCGCCUACGCUUUCGAAGCCCUGAUGGCGAAUGAAUUCUCCGGGAGGCAGUUCCCAUGCGCCCAAAUUGUACCGGCUGGGUCGGGGUAUGAGGUACUUCCAGUAGACUCGACCAUAUGCUCCACUGUAGGCGCCCUCCCAGGAACCACCACUGUUGAUGGAGAUCGCUACCUAGCACUCAGCUUUGAGUACUACAAUAAGAACAAGUGGCGGGACAUUGGGAUUCUCUUUGCAUACCUGGGCUUUUUCUUUAUUGCUUAUAUCGUCGCUGCCGAGUUCGCCAAGCCCCCGAAGACGCAAGGAGAGGUCCUAGUUUUCCGCCGUGGUAAGAUCCCUUCGGCCGUUUCCAUGGGCGAAAAGCAACAAGACCCCGAGUCACCCCCACUCAGCAGGCCGGCUGGUGCUCAAAAGACGGAAGCCAAUACGAAACCUGAGCAAGAUAUACCUGGCGAGCAGAAGCCUGUGUUUCACUGGCAAAAUCUCUGCUACGAUAUCAAGAUCAAAGGGCAGCCACGUCGGAUCCUUGACAACGUUGACGGCUGGGUCAAACCUGGAACCUGUACUGCCUUGAUGGGUGCAUCCGGAGCAGGAAAGACGACAUUGCUAGACACGCUGGCCACCCGUGUCACCAUGGGUUUCAUCUCUGGCGAUACACUGAUCGACGGCAAGCCCACAGACGCUUCCUUCCAGCAUCGCGUUGGAUACGUCCAGCAACAGGACAUACAUCUUGAUACCAUGACAGUGAGAGAAGCUUUAGUAUUCAGCGCAAUCCUGCGACAGUCGGCCGAGAUCUCCAAGCAAGACAAACUCGCCUACGUCGAUCAUGUUAUUGAAAUGCUUAGUAUGCAAGAGUUCGCCGAUGCCAUCAUCGGUACUCCAGGCAGCGGGCUUAAUGUCGAACAGCGCAAGCGGUUAACAAUUGGCGUUGAACUGGCCGCUCGUCCCCAGCUUCUUGUUUUCUUGGAUGAGCCGACAUCUGGUCUCGACUCCCAAACAUCGUGGGCCAUAUGCGAUCUUAUCCAAACACUUGUCAAUAGUGGGCAAGCCGUCCUCUGUACGAUCCACCAGCCCUCCGCCAUGCUCUUCCAACGAUUCGAUCGACUGCUGCUGCUACAACCUGGUGGCAAGACUGUAUACUUUGGUGAACUCGGGCCCAAUUCAUCAACCUUGAUCAGCUAUCUAGAGCGCAACGGAGCGCCCAAGUGCCCAGCCAACGCCAAUCCCGCUGAAUGGAUGUUGGAAUCCACGUCACCAGGCAAGGGAUCGUUGGAGUGGUUUGACAUUUGGCGCUCUUCGCCUGAGUACAAGGAAGUACAGGCCGAGCUCCAGAGACUUCGCGAUCGCUCCAACUCGCCUCAACCGGGUACUAACGACCAGGUGGAUGCAUCUCAACAUCAGGAAUUCGUUGCUCCUAUCACUGUUCAGUCGUGGGAGGUCUUGAAGCGAACUGCCGCCCACUACUGGAGAUCUCCUACUUAUAUCUAUUCGAAAGCAUCACUCGCUAUCUUCUCAUCACUAUACAUCGGCUUCAGCUUCAGCGCCAAGAACAGUCUUCAGGGCUUACAAAACCAACUCUAUGCUUUUUUCAUGUUUCUAGUGCUUUUCGGCAAUCUCAACGAGCAGAUUAUGCCCUUCUUUAUCCCCCAGCGCGCUAUCUAUGAGGUCCGCGAGCGAACUUCAAAGAUUUACAGGUGGCAAACAUAUCUCCUCGCCAACGUCGUUGUUGAGAUAGCCUGGAAUACCGUCUUGGCUGCCGUGGUGUUCUUUUGCUGGUACUAUCCUGUCGGCUUCCAGGCCAAUACCACUGGUGAUGAUGCUGCGAGUCGCGGCUUGCUCGGCUUCUUGUUCCUCUGGCAAUUCUUUCUCUUUACCAGUACUUUCUCUCAUCUCGUCAUCAUUAUUUUCGACACGCCCGAUCUCGCUGGCACUCUCGCCAGCUUAAUGUGGAUGCUUUGCAUAUCCUUUUGCGGUGUGGGUGUUAAACGUGUGGACCUACCAGCCAUCUGGCGCGACUUCAUGUAUCAUGUAUCGCCAGCAACCUAUUUGGUGAGCGGCGUGAUGUCAACAUGUAUCCACGGCAGCAAGGUGGUUUGCUCGUCCAACGAAGAGUUGCAGGUAGCGCCGCCUACGAACAUGUCUUGCCUCGAGUUUCUGGGCCCGUAUGCCUCUACCGCUGGCGGACAUCUGCUCAACCCUGCCGCAGUGGAUACUUGUAGAUAUUGCCCGAUGUCGAACACUGACCAGUUUCUCGCGACCUUCAACAUCGACUACGCGGAUCGUUGGCGCAAUUUUGGGCUGCUAUGGGUGUACAUCGGCUUCAAUGUGGCCGCCACAGUGGCCAUCUACUGGCUCUUCAGAGUCCCCAAAAGCGCUGGCAUGAAACAAGUCUCUGCAAAGUCUGGAUAG